AUGGCACCUAAGAAAGAUGUGACCAGUACAGUUAGUACUGGUGACAAGGCGAGUACAGAAGCUGCCUCAGGGUCCAAUAAUACAAAGCCCAAAGCAGCAAAGGUUAUAAAGACCGCAGCAAAGGUUAUAAAGACCACAGCAAAUCCUUCAACCCUGUCAAUGGUAGUGGAGGUCCUGAAGAAGUCUGAACGCAAGGGAACAUCUGUCCAGUCUAUUCGCAACCAGAUAAUGAUAGCCCAUCCCACAGUGGACCCUGUUCGACUCAAGUUCCUCCUGCGUUCUGCUCUUAAACGUGGGCUAGAGAAGGGAAUCCUGAUCCGGCCACUUAAUUCCAGUGCAUCUGGGGCCACUGGCCGAUUCAAGUUGGCAAAAGUGGAAAAGCCCAAAGGAAAAUCCAAUAAGACUGGGGAGAAUGAAGACCCAAAUUCCAAGGUGGAAGACAAAGACAAAAAAGCAGAAAAGCCAAAGAAACCCAAGGCUCAAAAAGAGGAGUCCAAAGGUUUAAAGGAGAAAAAGCCCAAAGCUGCUAAAAAGGCACAGGAAGAGAGUGAGAAAAAACCUAAACCUGCUGCCAAACCAAAAAAAGAGCCCAGUGAGAAAGCUAAAGUGACAGAGGCUCCUCCAAAGAAACCAAAAGCCCAAAAGGAAAAAGCUGAUGAAGCUGAAGUGCCAGCUAAGGUGAAAGAACCUGCCAAACCAAAGAAGGAACCAGCUAAAGCCAAUAAGGAAACUAAGGCAGAGACUUCUAAAGCCAAGAAAGAUGCCACAGAGGACGCAGGAGGGAAGGAAACCAAAAAGGCAAAGAAGUGA